AAAGAGAUGUUGGGGUUCCUAAGGCAGAGGUGGUGACCUCUCAUGGGCUUCCCGAGGAGGCUGCCAUUGAGGCUACUGCUGCUUUUCGGCUGGAUGACCCUUGCCCAGCCAGCCUCUCUCUCAGCAUUGGCCCAGUACCCUCACUUGUGCCAGACCACUCGAGAUGCCGAUGGCCGCCACUACCCUGGUUUCUUCUGUCCUCGGCUCACGGAUGCUCCGGAGGAAGCCUACUGCUGCCACCUGCAGGCUGCAGGGGGCUCCUGCUGCACCCGGGACGAAUUCGAGGGCCUACACCAGGUCAACCUGUCCGCCCUCCCGCCUCCGCCCAUCCUCAGGGGCCCGGGCCCGCUCCUAGCGCUGAGCCUCUAUGGCCUGCUGCUUGCGGUCCUGGUGACUGCAGACCUCGUGCACUUCUGCCGCAGUCGGAGACGGGGCGGAGGCUGGGGCCGCCGCGGACCUUCCUUUAGGUCCUCGGCCGCACGCCCUCUGCAGGUCUCCGUGGGAAUAGACUAGGCGCGCCCAGGCCUUUUCUGCGCCUGCGACCAGGCCGAACGCCCCGCCCCGCCCCUCCACGGGGCGCGCACGCCUUAGCCCCGCCCGCUCCCGGCCAGCGCCUCUGACGCACGGCUGGGGAGGGGCAGCAUUCCCCAGCCCGGACCCACCCCACCCCAGAGACUCUGCCUGCUCUGACCUGGACCUCCUUUCCGCGAUGACUGUGAGUGAUCCAGGGACCCCCGAACCCCGGCCCGCCACUCCUGGGGCCAGCUCAGUGGAGCAGCUGCGGAAGGAUGGGAACGAGCUAUUCAAAUGUGGGGACUACGAGGGCGCCCUGACGGCCUACACCCAGGCCCUGGAUCUGGGAGUGACGCCCCAGGACCAGGCUAUUCUGCACCGGAACCGGUCCGCCUGCUACCUGAAGCUGGAAGAUUACGACAAAGCAGAGAUCGAGGCAUCCAAAGCCAUUGAAAAGGACGGUGGGGAUGUCAAAGCACUUUACCGGCGGAGCCAAGCCCUGGAGAAGCUGGGCCGCCUCGACCAGGCUGUCCUUGACCUGCAGAGAUGUGUGAGCCUGGAGCCCAAGAACAAAGUUUUCCAGGAGGCCCUGCGUAGCAUCGGGGGGCAGAUUCAGGAGAAGGUGCGAUACAUGUCCUCCACAGACGCCAAAGUGGAACAGAUGUUUCAGAUCCUAUUAGACCCACAAGAGAAAGGCACUGAGAAGAAGCAGAAGGCUUCUCAGAACCUGGUGGUGCUGGCCCGGGAGGAUGCUGGAGCUGAGAAGAUCUUUCGGAACAAUGGGGUCCAGCUCUUGCAACGCCUGCUUGACACGGGAGAGGCCGACCUGAUGCUGGCUGCUCUGCGCACGCUAGUUGGCAUUUGCUCUGAGCACCAGUCACGGACAGUGGCGACCCUGAGUGUGCUGGGAACUCGGCGGGUCGUCUUCAUCCUAGGUGUGGAAAACCAGGCUGUGUCCCUGGCUGCCUGCCACCUGCUGCAGGUGAUGUUUGAUGCCCUCAAGGAAGGUGUCAGGAAAGGCUUCCGAGGCAAAGAAGGCGCCAUCAUCGUGGAUCCUGCCCGGGAACUGAAGGUCCUCAUCAGUAACCUCUUGGAGCUACUGACCGAGGUGGGGGUCUCAGGCCAAGGUCGAGACAACGCCUUGGCCCUUCUGAUUAAAACAGUGCCCCGGAAGUCUCUUAAGGACCCCAACAACAGCCUCACCCUCUGGGUCAUUGACCAAGGUCUGAGAAAGAUUCUGGAGGUGGGGGGCUCUGUACAGGAGCCUCCUGGGGCGCUCACGGUGACAGCGAACAGCCGCAUGAGUGCCUCCAUCCUCCUCAGCAAGCUCUUCGAUGACCUGAAGUGUGAUGCCGAGAGGGAGAAUUUCCACCGACUCUGUGAAAACUACAUCAAGAGCUGGUUUGAAGAUCAAGGGCUGGCUGGGAAGCUACGGGCCAUCCAGACGGUGUCCUGCCUCCUGCAGGGCCCUUGCGAUGCCGGCAACCGGGCCCUGGAGCUGAGUGGUGUCAUGGAGACCGUGAUCGCUCUGUGUGCCUCUGAGCGGGAGGAAGAGCAGCUGGUGGCUGUAGAGGCCCUGAUCCACGCGGCUGGCAAGGCCAAGCGGGCCUCAUUCAUCACUGCCAACGGCGUCUCGCUGCUGAAGGACCUUUACAAACGUAGUGAGAAGGACAGCAUCCGCAUCCGGGCACUGGUGGGACUCUGUAAACUUGGCUCGGCUGGAGGGACUGACUUUAGCAUGAAGCAGUUUGCUGAAGGCUCCACUCUCAAACUGGCCAAGCAGUGUCGCAAGUGGCUGUGCAAUGACCAGAUUGACGCAGGCACUCGGCGCUGGGCAGUGGAGGGUCUAGCCUACCUCACCUUUGAUGCCGACGUGAAAGAAGAGUUUGUAGAGGACGAGGCUGCCCUCAAAGCUCUAUUCCAGCUCAGCCGGUCUGAGGAAAGGUCGGUGCUCUUCGCGGUGGCCUCAGGGCUGGUGAACUGCACCAACAGCUACGACUAUGAGGAGCCUGACCCCAAGAUGGUGGAGCUGGCCAAGUAUGCCAAGCAGCAUGUGCCCGAGCAGCACCCCAAGGACAAACUGAGUUUUGUGCGGGCUCGGGUGAAGAAGCUGCUGGCACAGUCAACAGCAGGGCUGUUGGCAAGUCUGGGGAGAGGGGAGGAGAAAGGUGAGGGCGGCACAGUCAGGGCGUUGGGGCCUGACAGCUUGGGCCUUAUCUUCCUGGGCACCUGUUGGACACUGAAGGGCUUGUCCCUACAGGCUCUUCUCCCGCUGGCCCUGGAAGGCACUGAUGUGGGGCAGACAAAGGCAGCCCAGGCCCUCGCCAAGCUCACCAUCACCUCCAACCCAGAGAUGACCUUUCCUGGAGAGCGGAUCUAUGAGGUGGUCCGGCCCCUUGUCUCCCUGUUGCACCUCAACUGCUCAGGCCUGCAGAACUUCGAGGCGCUCAUGGCUCUGACGAACCUGGCAGGGAUCAGCGAGAGGCUCCGGCAGAAGAUUGUGAAGGAGAAGGCUGUGCCCAUGAUCGAGGGCUACAUGUUUGAGGAGCAUGAGAUGAUCCGCCGGGCAGCCACGGAGUGCAUGUGUAACUUGGCCAUGAGCAAGGAGGUACAGGACCUCUUUGAAGCUGAAGGCAACGACCGCCUGAAGCUGCUGGUGCUGUACAGCGGGGAGGAUGACGACUUGCUGCGACGGGCGGCCGCUGGGGGCCUGGCCAUGCUCACCUCCGUGCGGCCCUCACUGUGUGGCCGUAUCCCCCAAGUGACCACACACUGGCUGGAGAUCCUACAGGCUCUGCUUCUGAGCUCCAACCAGGAGCUACAGCACCGGGGUGCUGUGGUGGUGUUGAACAUGGUGGAGGCCUCACGAGAGAUCGCCAGCACGCUGAUGGAGAGCGAAGUGCUGGAGAUCCUGUCUGUGCUGGCGAGGGGCAAGGAAGGCCCUGUCACUAGGGCGGCCGUGGCUUGCUUAGGAAAAGCAGUGGAAUAUGGGCUCAUCAAACCCAACCAGGAUGGACAGUGAGGGCCUGUCUCAUGCACACACUACCUCUUGCAACACAGGGAACAAGGACGUGCAGCUCUGGCUGGUAGGGGCUGGGAUGCGGAGCACUCUGGCCUCUUCAUCCAGCUGCCCUUUGAUGUCCUCUGUCUUGAAUCGGGCCACGUUUAUCACAGCCAGCACUGCCUCCAGCCACAUGCAGAAGGGCUUUUCCUGUACUACUGUAGACAGCUGGGAAUGGGGAAGGUGCACCCUAACUCAGCCUGUGGGUCUGGCUUCGGAAGGGCUCACCAGGCAGCCUCACACACACACAGCUGUGAGCAUCACGCAAGCCUGCUAGCAGGUCUGCCCCUGACUCCCUAAUAAAAGUGUGUGGAACUCA